AUCCCUUGACAAUCUUUGCAGCAACUUAUUAAGUAAUAAGCCUUACCUUAUCAGCCUUAUGUUAUGGCUUAUCAAUCAUUACGAAGUAAGUUCAUUUGAACUAUCAACAAAUUUAGAUACAUUAAAUUCAUUACGUUCAUUUGUUAAAAUUGAUAGAAAUAUAUAAGGAAUCAUACUUUAUUAUGUAUUAUUACUAUUAUUUAACUUUAGGUUAAUAAAUAGACCAAAUACGUCAACGUAGACGUAGUUUAAAAAUAAAAUUAACUAUUAAUAUUAAUAGUUUUUUAAUAGUAUUAAUUUUAAACUUUAAACUUAAGUUUAAGCUAUGAUUAGUAAUUUUAAUAAUAAUAGUUAGUGUUAGGGUUAAAAAUGGGGACGCCUGCCACUUUUUUUAAAUCGAAUUUCACAAAUUAAAUGUAUCCCUAAAUCGAUCCCUAUGCCUAACCUGAACCCUAAAUCGAUCCCUGCCCUAUGCCUAACCUGAACCCUAAAUCGAUCCCUCAACCUAACCUAAACCCUAAUUCACUGCCACUAUAAUUAACACACAAAAGACGCCAUGGCAGCCGUCCUCGGAUUUAGCCAGUGUUAGUAUUAAUUGAUUAUUUAUUUUAAUACUAAGAUACUACUUCUAAGCUAAGUGAAAGUGCUAUUUCUUAUUUUUAUUUUUAUACUGUUUUUUCUGUUGUUUUGUUCGCUGACGAAGGCUUUCUCUUUCUGCCGACAUGUUCGUUGUUUUGUUGCGUUCCUUUUUUAAGGUUUGACGCUACUCUGUUUUACUCAUUUUAUAUUUUUAAAAUAGUUAUUUUAGUUAAUGUUUGAUUAUUGCUGGGGACACAUCAUACAAUUGAGUUUAAAUAGUCACUGUAGAUUGAAACUCAUAAAAUGUUAUUGAAUAAUUCAUUUUUUUUUCUAUUUUUUCCAGAUAGAUAAUCGAAGCCAUCUUUUGUCUUAGUGACCUUGGUGAUUUUAUCGCUAAUGAGCGCUCAUUUAUCCAGUUAAAGCAGAAUGACUGACAGGGAAAUAGUCCUUAUUGAUAUGGACUGCUUUUAUGUCCAAGUUGAACAAAGACUGAAUCCGAGCUUAAAGGGCAAGCCUUGUGCAGUUGUACAAUAUAAGACAUGGAAAGGGGGCGGGUAGGUUAUGAAAAAAUGUAGAAUGUGAACAUAUUAAUCAGGCUGGUGCAUGAUGUGUGUGAUGAAGCCUAAAAAAUUGCCUAAAUGAUUCAAAUGACCUUUUAAACAAAUGAAAUCCAGAUAACAUUAGUAUUAUACUUCUAGUUGAUGUAAGAAUAAGGCUUAACCGCUACAGCUUUUCUACACCGGGUCUGGGUAUUUUAAGAAAAUACCUGGUUGGUCCAAGUGUUACAAAAAUAGGAUUAACUUUUGAUUUCUAUAAACAAUAGGCCUACAGGCAGUCCUACACCCUAUCUGCUUGCCUUUAAACAAUAGUCCUACAGAUAGUCUUACAUCCUACCUGCCAGAUUUUAAACAAUAGGCUGACAGAUAGUCCUUCACCCUACCUGCCAGUAUUUAAAAAAUUGUCCUUUAGACGGUCCUACACCAUACCCAUGGCUCUUUAUUUAUUAAUAUAAUAGUUACCUCCGAAAAAAUUUAACCUUUUCUAUUGUACUACACCUUGCCCUUUUCUAUUUUGUACUACACCUUGCCCUUUUCUAUUGUACUAUACCUUGCCCUUUUCUGUUUUGUACUACAUCUUGCCCUUUUCUAUUGCCUUUUUAUUUACCUUCCUACUUUCCCCCAAGAGUUAUCUUAUUUUUAAGCUUGCAGCUUCUUCUUCUUCUUCUAUAUCUUAAGGGCCCACGAUCAAUUUAUUAAUCAUUUUGGCUCCUAUGCAUGUAGAUGUAGCUUCUCUCAUACAAUGCAACUAAUGUGAUAACCCCAUUGCUACCCCAUAAUUAAUUUUUGUUUUAACCUGCUUAGCUAUCCCAUGGUGUUCAAUAAUAGUUUAGAAAGUAAAAAUUGCAGUAUUUAUUGACGUGUAACACACACUUUUUCUCCCUGAAAAUAGGGGGCAAAUGAUGUGUGCGUGUUAUACACCGAUAUAAUGUUUAGUUUUUUUUCAUGAAAUUUCCUUCUUAAAUUGAGGUGCGUGUGAUACGCGGGGGCGUGUUAUACGCCAAUAAUACAGUAAUUAAAUUUCCAAGGCCCUUAACCUACUACUACUAGUCUCUCAAACAACACAUAGGUGCUCUCAAGAUAAUUUUGUUUGUGUGACAAUAUUCAAAUUCUGCUGCUACUUUCUCUUAAUAAUAAUAUUAUCCUGAACAGAAUCAUUGCAGUUGGAUAUGAAGCAAGAGCCUGUGGUGUAACUAGACAGAUGCGUGGGGAUGACGCUAAAGCCAAAUGUCCUGAGAUACACUUAGCUAGGGUACCAGAGGUCAGAGGGAAAGCUGACCUUACUAGGUAUUUAUAUUAGACUAAAAUGUACCGUACUAAAAUAAGGGACCAUCCAUAAAUAAUGUCACAAAUUUGUGGGGUACAAUGUGGGACCUUCUGCUCAUAUCUUUAAGAAGUUAUAGUCUGUCCUUUCACAAUUAAUGAAGCCCAUAACAGUUUUUAAUAAUAACAUUUUGGAAAAUAAUCCAGAUCUAUUCAAAACACAUAUUAGAAAAAAGGAAUAAAGUAAAGAGGUUAUAUUAUAAUUAGUAAUCUAUAACCUGCUGAGUUGGUUUAAAUUUUGAAAAAAUAAUCAUUUUAAACAAAAUAUAUCUUUCAGAUAUCGAGAGGCAGGAGCCGAGGUAAUUGCAAUAUUUAGUAAAUUUUGCACCUGUGUAGAGCGUGCCAGUAUUGACGAAGCUUAUCUUGAUGUUACAGCAGAGGUAACCCAAAGGUUAAAGGUCAUGGAAGACAGUGAAGUAAACGAGAUGCAAAUUCCCAACACUUUUGUUGAAGGCUAUGAAGGUCCAGAAGGUAUUUUAUAAUUGAUGUUAAUUGAAUUUUCUAACGGACAUGAAAAACUAAAAUUAAAUAAAUUACAUCUGAAUAUUAGUAACUUAUCUAAAAUUCUUCAUUUAUUUGAGGAAAUCAACAAUUUUUAAAAACUAACUCUUUGUGUUAUUUUUACUCAAUGAUUUACUGGUGAGAAAAACACAAAUACAGUUGUCCCCUCCAUGUCGCGGUUCACCUUCAGGCAGUCUCACUGUAUCACAGAUUGUUUGGUUGUGUAUAUCUAAUACAGUUACCCAUGUAGAAUUUUUAUGUUAUUAUAUUCACUUAGGUUUAAGAGUAGAAAGUGUAAAGGCGCAUCGGAAGUGUUUUUAAUAGUGUGGGAAAUGUUAAUAACAGUGUUAGAAAGGUUUAUAAGAGUGUGGGGGAGGGUUUAUAAAACCUUAAAAUAUAUAAAAAUCUUAAAUUAAAUAUAAGGUCACUACUUUGCGGAUUUUCACACCCUAAAUUGAGGACAGUUCUGGAACCUAACCCCUGCAUUAGAUGAGGGAUCACUGUAUAUGCAACCAGAUUUGUUACCUCAUGAAAGAAGAUCUGUAGCAAAACUACAUUGUGUGUCAUAUUAUGGGAUUUCAACUUUCUUUUAGGAUUAUUUUUGGUUCAUUAAUAGAAUGUCUUUAAAGUAAAAUUGAGACAAACUAUUAGAAAGUUUAUAUUUAUUAAUUAUGCAGCUGACAGAUUUUUUAAAACAAUCUGUAUUAAAUGUAAUUUUUCAACAUAUGUAAGUAAAAAGUAAUAAAAAUAAUGGAAAGUCUAGUUGCCAUAUCUACUUAAUAAAGCGAUGUCAUUUUUGUUUUAUGAUAAGGACGAAGCCAAUGGCUACAAAAAGUGUACAGUUGCAAAGAAGUUAUCCUUUGUGAGCACCGCCUGGCUGUUGCAGCUGGUUUGGUAGAGGAAAUGAGAGCAGCUGUUUUGAAAGAGACUGGAUUCACAUGUUCGGCUGGCAUUGCCCAUAACAAGGUAAUCAUUAUAUAUAUAUAUAUAAUAUAUAUAUAUCAGGGGGUCCUCACACUUUUUUUAAAACGCGGGGCUGAUUCCUAUGAAGACUUCACUUAAUUGGUGUGCAACAAAAAAAGGAACAAACACGGGAAAUUAACAACAUUAAAUAUGAAUGGCAAUUUUACUCAACAUAAACAUAUAUAAGUAUUUAAAUGGGAAAUAUGUUCCUGCUCUUGGCUAAUUUGUCACUGCUAGCUGUAACAAGUUAUUCAAAUUUGCAUCAGUUAGACUAGAUUUGGUCAGAGAUUUUAGUUGUUUCUUUUGGAAAAGCUGUAUGACCUGUUCAUGGAAAUGGAGAGUUUUCAUUGUAAUUUAAAACUCUUUUUGCAACAUUUCCAGUAAAUUCACACGUUUUGUUUGAGAAUGCAAAUUCUAGUUUUCCUGCUGGUUGUGGGGAGAUGUGGUUUAGCGUCACAAUUUGUCAAUUUCAUCAAAUUCUUUUACACAUUCAUAUUUCAUUAUCACACCUAACUGAACACAAGUCCUUUUGCCGAUAGCAAUGUAAACUUUUAUCCAGAAACAUAUAUAUCAGGUGUACAAUGAAUCAAACACAUGUAUAGCGCAGCUCACUGUAAGUAGAAGAAUAUAGCACAAUCUUCAACAUCACAUCACCAUCAUAUUUUAUGUCACAGUCUAAUGGUGCCAAAAGCGUUCUUUAGCUGAACUAGCAAACAAGACACAGUGUACAACAAUUGCUAGUGAUUACCCAUACUCGACAUUUAGCCUUGUCCAGCUUCAAAUCAUUCACAAUUUGGUGAACCUUUUCAUAGAUAUCCUCUCUUGUGGUUGUUCCUCUGUAUAGGGUUUGUCAUUUCUCAGACCGGAAAACGACAUAGCGUUACUAUUUUUAGAAUGACAUCGGAAAAAUAUUUCUUAAAACAUGGCAGCUAAUAAUGUGUUUCAGCAUAUCGUUCAACGAUCCUUGUAUCUAGAGUUACUGUUACAUGUACUGUAUGCGCCAUGAAGUCCCAUUUAACAUAAUAUCAGUAAAAAAAUAUUGUGUAAAAUAUUUAGUAAAAUAUGGUUGUAAACAAGUUUUCAGAGUUUUUAAUAGAUUUCUGCCAUUAAAUGACAAGCCCUAAUGACUCUAAAAGUGAUGUCCAACUAUUUAUAGCUCAGUGGACUCACUAUAUAAUAGGGCCUGGUAGUGAGAAGAGAAGGGCAGUAAGGUAGAAGCUACUGUAACGGUUCUUGAGGUGACUAAAAUAAGUUUCAGAACAAUUUAAAAUUUAAAUUUAUUUAAAGUAAAAUUAGUUACAGGUACAAAUGAUAAAACUACUUAACAAAUAAAUCAUUUUAGUUUUUAGUUAAAUGUAUUUUAAAUCCUUGAGCUUCCUAAAGUUUGCUUAAAAUUCUCUUACCGGUGAGAGUAACAGUCUUCCUCUCUCCAAAUACUCAAUCCAAAGAAUGUGACCCUUGAGACCUUAUGUGUUUUGUUACUCUUAAUAUGUCCUAGUUUCAGACCCUAUGGUAGCAUAAACUCAGAUAGUUUUCAAAUAUAGAUUAGUUACAUAUUAAAUUUUAUGAACCUGGCCAAUGUGACAUUUUUGUGUAGGUAACUAUUGUUUAAUGUACCAAAAUAAGUUUAAAUAUUAUAAAUUUUCCUUAGAUGCUUGCCAAGUUGGCCUGUGGCAGAAAUAAACCAAACAAACAGACUGUACUUCCACACUCAUCAGUGCAAUUCGUCUUCUCAGCUUUACCCUUACAGAAAAUGUAUGUCACUUUGCUCUCAUUAAACUUAACUUCAAUCCUCAUAGUGUAUAAUUUAAUGUUUAAAGGUAAUACAUGAGUUUCUAAUUUUAUUAAAGCUUUUAAUGAAAAUUAUAUUACAACAAUAUAAAAAGGGGUACAAAAAACUAUUUUUUUCCCCUAUAAUUUAAAAAAACAAGCCAUCCUCUUUUUGUCAUUUCAAAAACUAAAUUGACUCUCCCUCAUCAGAGUCUCAUAUUUUGCUAUGUAAUUGUCCUUUUUUUUUUUUUUUUUUUUUUUUUUUUUUUUUUAUUAUAUUCAAGGAAAAAAGCUUUUGUGAUAUUUUCAACCUGUUGGUACUCGUUAAAAAAAUAGAAACAUUUUUGUUGUGCAGCUUUUAAUUAGAAAGAUAAACAUUGAGAAAGUUUUCCCAUUCAUAAAUGUCUGAAAUGUUUCUGUGAGACUCACCAAUAUAUUUCAAAUGGCAGUGCACUUUCAACUUGUGCCAAACUGCACCUUGUUUGUUUGGUACGUGUCUGUCAUCCGGUCAAGAGCUUCGUAUCAGUAACGCAUCUGCAGAUGUCGUCUGCUUAGAAUGAGUGUCGCAUGAGGUGCACACACUUGUUUCUUUUGAGAUUGUUCUGGCAAUCUUCCACACAACAAUAGGGUCUUAAAAUAGUGGGAACUGUUUGUAAAUACAAAGUGUUUACUCCACCAGAAUUCCUGUCCCAACCCCCCCCCCCCCCCAGAGAUGUUGAGUCAUCAUUGUGUAGUUUUAUCAAAACUCCUGCUUUGGUCAGCUACUUGCAGAAACAAAACAAGUCUGUUAUUUUGCUCUCAGUGCACCCACCAUACACCAGUUGUUGUGCCAACAGAAGUAACAAGCCAGGCAUCAUUCUGAAAUAGGGAAACCAAAAGUGGCGCCAUUUCCUAGAUCUGAUCAAGUGUACUACAGUGCUAAAAGACGGUCAAACACCAGGCAUUGCAGAUUAGCUGGAUGUUUGUGGGGAGUAACCUAUGUAAUAUGGAGAAGCCUGUUCCCUGAGCAGAACACAGGAAUAAACCAUAUCCGGCAAAUGUUUCUAAAAGAAGUGGCAGAGCCAGUUAAAUGGAAAAAUUGGAUUAAUUACAUCAGCAAAGGAAAACUUGGAACCACCAAGAAAAAGGAGAUGCAAUUUUGCCCCACUAAGAAGGGCAGAAUGCAAAAGCAGUAAUGUGAUGAAUGGAAAUGGAAACAUAAGCACCUGUAGUAUAUUAUAAUAAGAGGGGUCAAAUGACACACACACACACACACCCCUCCCCCACUUUUUAAAAAAAAAGAUACGAACUAGUUUUGAGGAAAAAAAUACAUCAACAGAUAAGAAAAGUAGGCCUGGUUUACUCAUUCAUAUCAUCAGCCAGCAAACUUUUUAGGUGUUUGCUAAUUAGUUUCAGUUAAAUUAUUUUUUCCUUUUUUUUUUUUUAUUCCAAUGAAUAAGUCGUCACCUCGGUGGUAAACUUGGAGCAUCACUUUUAGACCUAGGUCUAAAAUAUAUGGCUGACCUGACGAAAUUCACAGAGCACGACUUACAGAAGCAAUGUGGAAGUAAAACUGGGUAAUUUUCAGGAUUUUAUUUAUUGUGUUCUUUUUCUAAUUUUUGUUUGUAAAUGACUUAUUUGCCAUGUACCAUGUUUUGGGCCAAAUAUUUACCAAUACAAGUCCCGGUAGAGGAUGUACUUGUUGAAGGGGUCUUAACCAGGGAAUACCCAGAAAAGCAGGUUAAUUGGCAUUUUUAUUAGCAGCAGCAGAUGUUUUUUGUGGUGAAUUAGUGCAUUAUCUAUCCUGGUGCAUGUUUUCUUUGUGUGUUCAUUAAAUUUUUAAAGAAGAAUUAAACAACCCCUAAAAACACAGUUUUUUAAAUUCUUUAUAAAAUGCAGAGCAAGGGGGGGUGGGGCCUGAAAAUUAAACAAAAUAUUCAUACAAGUAAUGCACUUUAUAAGAAUCCCAAUUAGUGAACCCCUUACAACUGCCCAUUUUUUUCACACCCAUGAACUAUAUUCUAAUGACCCACUCACUUUUACAACAUAGAUUUAUUUUUACCAACUAUUUCAGAAAAGCAAAAUAAAAUAAUACGCACCAAAUGCACUCGCAAUAUUUUUGUAAGAAUCUCAUUUAGUGCAGUUAUCAGGAGGUUUCCUUCAUGUUCCCCUUGAAAAACAGGAAAAACUAAUUUUUUAGGGUNAAGUAUUUUUUUUUUUUUUUUUUUUUUUUUUUUUUUUUUUUGGGGGGGGGGGGGGGGGGGGCUGAAAAUUUGAUAGAAUGUGUCUGCAUCAAGUCUAUUAGCCAAGUUUCAACUUGAUAGCCGGACGGGAAGUGGGUCAAUUAGCCGUCAGAAGAUUUUUCCAGCCACAAACAAAAACGAAGUUAAUACAAAAGAUUUAAAAAUUACCAUAAAUGAAAAUGUUUUUAUUUUAUUACAGUUCUGUUUAUCCGCUGGGGAGGGGAGUUGGUAUGUAGGAAAUGUUUUUGAAAUCGACGGGGGUGGGGUGCGCUUGCUUUGCAGCAUCAAUUGUAAGAACCCCUGUGCUAGUUAAUAAAGUUGUGUGCUAUUUACAUUUUAAAGUAAUCUUGCAAUUAUAAGGUUGAAUAUUUUGUAAAUAUGAAACUGAUGCUAUGUCAUAGAAAGGCCAAGAUUCUUUGAACCAUUGCAGACAUCUUAGGUUAGUUAGUUUCCUCUUUUAGCUGGUGUAAGUUCUUAAUGCCCUAAAGGAGCAUGCCAAGAAGCAGCCGGGGCAGACACACAAUUUUGUUUUCUCUCUGAGGUCCCAUCACCCACUCAUACACCACCCAGUAUGAUGCAUUUGCUUCGAGCUGUCGUGUUUCAAAAUAAUUUAAAUCUCUGUCUCUGCUAGCUCUUGGCUCUACAAUGCCUGCAGAGGGAUAGACUCUGAGCCUGUUUCCAUGAGGGAAUUACCGAAGUCUAUUGGCUGCUCAAAAAUUUUUAGUGGCAAACAAGCUCUAGAUACCAAGGAAAAGGUUUGUUUAUUCUGUCAAGUGAAGAUACCGAGUUUUUAUUUCUGUCGAGACUGCUCCAAUGUUUAGUGAUGUGAACAACUGCAGAACAGAAUCAUGUUCAGGGCAGUGAGAUUCAAUGGCAUUUGUAGAAGUUUGUUUGUGUUGGGGUGGGGGGGUUACGGCAAACAAAAUAUUCAUGGUUGAUCUAGCUGGGGUGGAAGCAUUAUUUUAAGGACAUGAAAACAAUUUUUUUUAUUUUUGGUCCAAAGCAUUUUUAUUUUAUGGCCAUUGGUUAACACCAAAAAUUUGUGUGUGCAUAAAACUGAAACUUUUUCCUGGAAACUAGGUGACAUUUUGGCUGGGUGAGCUUGCCAAGGAAGUCAGUGAGAGGCUAAAUAAGGAUAAAGAAUUGGUAAGUUAUUUGUAUCUAUUGUAUUUUUAAACAUUCUGAUGCUUUGUUCAUACCUUUAUCUGAUUCCGGGGUAUUGAAUUUGAUAAGAAAUGUUGACAGUUUCCAACAGUUAGACAUUAAAGGGAGAUAGAAUAGAUACAAUGAUUGACUUGAAUAUUUUUUUUUAACAUACCGUAUAUUUUUCUAUAACAUAACAUCUCAUCUCAAUAAAUGUUCUUAAUCGAAUUUUUAUUAUUUCAGAAUAAAAGAACAGCUAAAUCUCUUACAGUUUCUGUAAGUACCCAGAAUGCAACAGGCUUUAAGUACACCUCUAAUUCACGAGCUUGUGCUUUGGUGCGGUAUGAUGCAGAAAAAAUUGCAGCGGAUGCUUUUGCUUUGGUACAGCAAUUCAGACUGAGUCCAGGACAUAGUCCUGAGUGGUAAGUCUGAUACUUUUAUCAGUUUUGUGUAGGGUCCGUUAUUUCUUAGGUUAAUAACCAUUGUGAUUAUAUGGUUCAAAGAAGAACGCUCUCUAACAUAUUUAAAUUAAAUUUAUUCAUCUUACAACAAUUUUAAAAAACCUGUAAAAUAUAAGGGGCACUCUCCUCUAGAAAUAUUUUGCUAAGUUUUAUUUGACAAACCAGCUAAUUUGGAUAUAGAAAUAUUAAUGAAUUAUGAUUAAAAUUGCCAGAUGAUAUUUAAAUUAACCCACUUCAGCCAAGUCGCUUUUCGCUAGCAGCAAGUGACAGUGGUUUUGGCAGUAAAGUGAAGUCAUGAAAGUAACUGAUAAGGAUCUUCAGAUAAUAAUUAGAGGUCGUUUUUAUAAACAACAAUAUGUUUGCUGAAAUAUUUAAUGCGGCAUACUAGGCCUUCCAAAAACUAUAUUGUUGUUUUGGUAAAAUGCAAAAAUUGUGAAUGAUUAUCUCUAUCAGUAUAAGCCUUUUAAAUUAAUAAUCGCAGUGUACAAAUUUCAAACUAAUACAAUCAUCACAGCAAAUUUAAAUGUCAUUUUAUUUGCUUAUUUGCAAACUGAACUCAGAAUGAAUUCUUAAAAGCCCAUCUUCAAUUGACAUAUAUUAAAAUGCAACAUGUAAUGAACCCUCCAUCUCCUCGGCUAUAAACAAUCAUAUUUUUAUUAUGAUUAUUCAAGUUAAUAAAUUUUUAUACAAAAAAAAAUUAAAACAGUGAUUUUUAAUUUUUUAAAAAAUUUUCAUUGUAUGAGAGAGUUUACAUCAAAAGUAGGUUAGGCAUGAAUGGGUUAAAGAUAGCAUAAGAAUCUAUUUUUAUAUAUUCUUUUUUUUUUGAACAUUUGCUCAGGGCUCCAGCCUUCAGCUACCUGGGUUUAUCAGCAAGUAGAUUUACACCAGAGGAUAACACUAAAAUCUCCACCAUGUUUGCAAGCUCUUUGGGACAGAAUCCUAAUUUAUCAACUUUUGAUGUGCCAGGUAUUGACAAUGCGGAUGAUUUGCCAAGUCAAUCGAUAUUUUCACAUGAAGGAAAGAAAAGAAAUACUAUUUCUGAAACACCUUUAAAAUAUUCAUCGCUAAAUGAAACUGAAGCGACAUCCAAUAACUCUUUUUGCAUUGCAAAGUCAAAAGUUUCAAAUGACAUACUAAAGAAUAAAGGGGCAAAACAGAUAGAAACAUUCUUCAGCCAAAUGAAGAAAAAUAGCAACUUGUCGGAAACACCCCCUAAAGUGAUGAAGGAAGUUAUUUCUCCUGAAUCAGAUAUGCAGGCUCAAGAUUCACCUAAAGGUUUCUUUGCCAAGAAAAUGAAAGCCAUAAAAAAUUCAAAAGGCAAGAAAACAUCCAGUAACACUGAUGACAUCGUCACAGGGAGCCAGGUGACAAGCGAUGACAGUGCCAGUUGCAGCAAAUUAAACCAAAAGAAACUAAAUUUUAAGUCCAAAGCUCCUUCAGGCAAUACCGCACUUCAUGGUGGGGAAGUUGAUUUGCUCAGUGUUCAUGUGGCUGAGCCUGCAAUCAUUUUGGAGAUGACAUCAACUUCUUCCGGCCAACAUGGAUCAACUGAUCAGACUUCUACUAGUUCAACGAGCAGUGAAGAUUUUACAACAUGCAGCAAGUGUGGGGAAGUUGUAUCUAUGUGGGAAUUGCCUGAACACAAUGAUUUUCAUUUUGCUAUGGAUUUGCAAACAGAAAGUAACAAGUCAAGUGUGUGUGCAGGGAAUAUCAAUGGCAGGACAAAUCAAAUAACCAAAAGAAAGAACAAAAGCCCCAUCAAAGGGGCGAAGAAGAAGAAACAGACUAUCGACAAAAAUAUACAACCCUUGACUGUGUUUUUCUCUAAAACGUAA